AUGGAUAUCUAAAAGGAUGAAUUGACUGCUUUCAAAAUGAAAAUAAAUGAUUUAAGUAUGCCCAAUUAUUUAGAAAGUAUAUAAAUUUAAGAUGAGAGAAAGCUUAAUACAGAAAAGAUCUUAGAUGAACUUUGUAACAAUAGAGGUAGCAAUCUCAUUAGGGAAUUUAGAGAAUUACAUAGAUAAGGAAUAAAUCCACAAAAGGAGGAAAUAUUUGAACUUUCAGAGAAGAUAUUCAAAUUUCUCAGUUAUGAUUAAAUUCACAGAGAUAAUGCCAAUAACAAAUUGAUGUUUAAAAAUGCAGAAAUAACCAUUUCUUUCAGUUAAGAUAUGAGAAGUGAUAUUAUAUAAUUAUCAGGGUACUAGCAUCGUAUAUAAAAGAGUUAAUAAAUAGAUACCAGAAUAUAGAUAUAAAAAGAUAUUUUAACUAAUUUCACCCACUUAGUUAACUCUGACAUCCCUUACUUAACAAUAGAUUACAUCGAAAAAUUGAAUUAAAUUCAAUGUCAGACUAAUACCAUUGGAUAGCUUUAUGAUAAUUAUUUUAAUUGGUUAUUUUAUAAUAUUGAUUCACUUACUAUAGCUUGCUAUGAGGCUGUCUCUGGUAUUCAGCAAAUAUGCUGGAAUGCAUCGAUCAUUAGUCCUAGUCCUUACGAAUCAACAAUAAUUUCAGAGAGGAUUAAGGAAAAAAUAAAAUCUAAAAUACAAACAAAUAAAUAAAAUUAUUAUUAACUCUUAUUUAAUAUUGAAUAAGAAUUUAAAAACGAGGCAAAUUGA